AUGUACGAGCAAGCACAGCCGGUCCGGUCCCCUGUUGUGGGGCCCGGCAACAGUCAAACCAGCGGCCCACAGGCCCAAGCACCUUCUGUCCACCAGAGUGGUCUGCACGGGCGUGCCCGCCAUGGCAACGCCGCUUAUCACAAGCGGCAGAAAGGGCUGGAAACGUCUUCAGACACGUACGAAGAUGCCGAGACCGUAAAUCUGUCACCGCCGUUUCGCGAGGCGCGGCUGCAGCGGGCUGGGUUACGGGGAGAUUCGCCCAUGGAGGCGGCUGAUGACAGAAACAUCAGGCGUCAUGUCAAUUCACCUGACGCAAUGGACACGUCUACAGACAACACGUAUCCGAGUGAAACAAACGGCCGCCGUGGUCUCCGUGACUUUGUUCGCCCCUACCGCGGCUGCAUUACUCGCAUUACUGCUGUGGUGGCAACCUGGGUCAUCUUGGGACUCGUCGUAAUGGUGUUCAAAGUUAAAGAGGAUAUGUCCCAGCUGUCUGACACUGUCGACGCCUUGAAACGCAACAUGGACGGAAUAUCGCAGCUGUCCGACACUGUGGACACUCUGAAACGCAACAUGGACGGACUAUCCCGACUGGCGGACACUGUCGACGCCAUGAAACGCGACAUGGACGGACUAUCCCGACUGUCCGACACUGUCGACGCCUUGAAACGCGACAUGGACGGACUAUCCCGACUGUCCGACACUGUCGACGCCUUGAAACGCGACAUGGACAACGAGCGGAACCGGACACCUACCCGGAUGAAGUGUGUUGGAGAGACAGGCCCUCUUUCAGGUAUCCGACUUGUUGGCGGAAGUUGCCCCAAUGAAGGCAGAGUUGAGGUGUUCUAUAACGGGCAAUGGGGGACGGUCUGUGACGAUGGAUGGGAGCUGAAUGACGCUCACGUGGUCUGCCGUCAGCUGGGAUAUCCCUCUGCAACAGCAGCUCGUAAAGAAGCAGCAUUCGGGCUGGGGUUUGGAAAGAUCUGGCUGGACGAUGUAGCCUGUCGUGGUUCUGAGAAUACCAUUACUGACUGUGGGCAUAACGGAUGGGGGUCAGGGAACUGUGGCCAUAGCGAAGAUGCAGGAGUUGUUUGUAAAUGUGCCAUAUGCCGUAAUUAA